AUGAUUUGGAAAGCAAAAGCUACGAGAAAACUGAAACUGGUACGAAAACACAGGGUUACCUGAAGAAAUUAAAGGACCCCAAAUUCUUGUUUUAUUUACAUUUCUUGAUGGACUUUGUGAUUAUUCUCUGACAAUUAUCGCUCAAUUUCCAGACAGAUGAGUUGUUAAUUGUUGACAUUGACGCAAAGAUUCAGAGUGCAAAAGUUAAGCUGGACAUGCUCUCUGUUCAACCUGGUAAGCACUACAAACGUCUGAUGGAUGAACUAACUGUUGACAUAAAUGGUGAUAUCAUAUAUAGAGAAGUUAUCUUGGAAAAGCCAACCACCAGAUCCAGCAGUCGAAUUUAUAUGCAAGCAAAGAUGCCCAUUGAAUUUAAAGAGUUUUUCGACAGGAGGUUUGGAGACAUUUUAGGUGCAGCUGACACUUACCUGACAAGGCGAUUCAACGACCUGACAAAACCACCAUUGAACAACAUGAUCAAAAUAUUCGAUUACCGACCAUGGCCUCCUAACUUCAGAGAUUCAAAGGUUGCAAAACAGUGGGGUUUCAAAGAGUUGGAGGAACUCGUUAGCUACUACGAGCAACAUUUAUACAUAAGUCAGUGCGAAAAAGAAGGCAUUGUAAGAGAAUGGCCACUCCUGAGGCAUAAAUUGUUGAAGCUUAAAGGAGUAUACGACCAAGCUGAUACAAAGAUUUCUUCUGCAGAUCUAUACAGAGAAAUUUUACGAGAGAAAGAUGACGAGCUUCAAAACAUCCAUAUUCUCAUUCAGUUAAUGAUGACUAUAUCUCCGAGCACAGCAGCAUGUGAGAGAGGUUUUUCUUGUAUGAACCGGGAAAAAAUCAAGUCACGUUGCAACUUGGCGCAGCAAGCUCUUGAUGGCCCUAGACUCGAAGAUUAUGAUCCACUGACGCCCUUGCAAACAUGGCUGGACGAAGGCAAGGGAGUUCGCCAUUUAAACCAUAGCACUGGCUAUAGAAAGAAACGAAGUCAAAGAACAAGGAUUUGA